AUGCCGCCCGCCGGUGGAGGAAAUAUUAAGGUGGUAGUGAGAUGUCGACCCUUUAACAGCAGAGAAAUCGAGAGAAAUGCACAAUGUAUUGUCGAAAUGAAAGGGAACCAGACGGUGAUUACCGCACCUGAAGGAAAAGGAGUGAAAGAUUCAGGACCAAAGGCUUUUGCUUUUGAUCGUUCCUACUGGUCAUUCAACAAAGACGAUCCAAAUUAUGCCGGCCAAUCCAACCUGUUCGACGAUCUGGGACAACCUCUUCUCGACAAUGCCUUUGAGGGAUACAACAACUGUAUCUUUGCCUAUGGUCAGACAGGUUCUGGAAAAUCUUACUCUAUGAUGGGUUAUGGAAAGGAAAUUGGCAUCGUCCCUAUGAUUUGUCAGGAAAUUUUCAAGAGGAUCGAUGAGAUUCAAAAGGAUGGCAAAACCAAGUGCACAGUUGAAGUGUCCUACCUGGAGAUCUAUAACGAACGUGUACGCGAUCUGCUUAACCCGUCAACCAAAGGUAACCUUAAGGUCCGAGAGCACCCUUCUACUGGUCCUUACGUCGAAGAUCUCGCCAAGCUUGCAGUCAAUGGAUUCCAGGAGAUCGAACAUCUCAUGGAUGAAGGAAACAAGGCCCGAACAGUUGCCGCGACCAACAUGAACCAGACCUCGAGUCGAAGUCACGCUGUCUUCACUCUAAUGUUGACACAGAAGAAGAUCGACACCGACACAAAAAUGGCAUUGGAAAAGGUCGCAAAAAUCAGUCUGGUCGAUUUGGCAGGCUCUGAACGAGCGAACUCUACUGGUGCGACUGGUGCGCGAUUGAAGGAAGGUGCCGAAAUUAACCGAUCGCUGUCAACACUGGGUCGUGUUAUUGCAGCAUUGGCCGACCUGUCUACGCCUGGCAAGAAGAAAAAGGGCUCCGGACAAGUCCCGUACCGAGACAGUGUCUUGACGUGGUUGCUAAAGGACUCCUUGGGUGGUAACAGUCUGACGGCAAUGAUUGCUGCCGUUAGUCCUGCCGAUAUUAAUUUUGACGAAACACUCAGUACUCUUCGAUACGCCGAUUCUGCGAAGCGAAUCAAGAACCACGCUGUGGUCAACGAAGAUGCCAACGCCCGUAUGAUCAGAGAAUUGAAGGAGGAGCUGUCGUUAUUACGAGGCAAACUCGGAGGAGGUGGAGGAGCUGUGGUCGCGGGGGAGACAUACGCCGAAGGCACGCCUCUGGAUCAACAGAUGGUCAGCAUCACUGGCCCCGACGGUGUUCUGAAGAAGGUCUCGAAGGCAGAGAUCGCAGAACAGUUGAGCCAGAGUGAGAAGCUGUUGACAGACUUGAACCAGACAUGGGAGGAGAAGCUGCUGAAGACUGAAGAAAUCCACAAGGAACGUGAAGCAGCCCUCGAGGAACUCGGUGUCAGUAUUGAGAAGGGUUUCGUGGGGUUGCACACUCCAAAGAAAAUGCCCCAUUUGGUCAACUUGUCAGACGAUCCGCUUCUCGCAGAAUGUUUGGUCUACAACCUCAAACCUGGUACCACAACAGUUGGUAAUGUUGACACAAACGCCGAUCAUCAAGCGAACAUCCGACUCAACGGUUCCAGAAUCCUGCACGAUCAUUGUUCUUUUGAGAAUGCACCGGAUGGAACGGUGACCCUUACACCAAGCGAGGGCGCUUCAGUCAUGAUCAACGGAAAGCGCAUCACUGAGCCAUCACAACUACACUCUGGUUACCGUGUCAUUCUUGGUGAUUUCCAUAUCUUCCGAUUCAACCAUCCUAUGGAAGCAAGGGCUGAACGGGCUGAGGGACCAGAGAGACCACAGAGCUUGCUUCGCCACUCAAUCACUGCCAGCCAACUCCAAGCGCUUGAUCGAGGCUCGCCUUCACCGAGUCCUCGUCCAGGCCACGAAAGAUCGUUCAGCAGGGUAUCCGAAUUCGGCGACAUCUCUAGACCAGAAACUCCUUCGAUAUUCCAAAGAAACAGCCGUGAGUCAGAUUGGUCGCUUGCAAGGCGUGAGGCAGCUGGAGCAAUCCUGGGCUCUGACCAGAACUUGACCAGCCUGAGCGAUGAAGAGCUAAAUGCUCUGUUCGAGGACGUGCAAAAGGCUAGAGCUGAACGAGUGAACGUCCGUGAAGACGGAGACGAUUCAGACUCCUCUUAUCCGAUAAGGGAAAAGUAUCUGUCGAACGGAACAAUGGAUAACUUCUCAUUGGAUACAGCCUUGACUAUGCCCUCAACACCAAAGCAAGGUGAACCUGAUGACAGGCUAAGAGAGGUCCGAGAAGAGCUUCAAAACAAGUUGGAGAAGCAGAAAGAGGAAUAUCAAGAACAGCUCAAGAGUGCCGAGGCUGCCAACGUUGAGAUCGAAGAGAUUAAACAAGAAAAGGUUAAAAUGGAGGCUGCGUUGCAAGAGUUAAAGGAGGAUAUGCAGAAACAGCUUAACCAGCAGCGGAAGCAAUUCGAAGAAAAGAUGGAGAAGAUGGAUCCUUUGAAAAUGCCCAAGAAGAGCCCAACUCUUUCUGAUGAAGAAAUCGAGACGGCCAAGAGGGUUAUCAAGGCCUGGAGAGGUCGGCACUUUGUCAAGAUGGCUGAAGCGGUGUUGCAAAACGCACCCAUUCUCAAGGAAGCCCAAGUGAUGAGUCACGAACUUGAUGAGCAUGUUGUUUUCCAGUUCGCAGCUGUAGAUGUUGGCCACAUCUUGUGUUCCUCUUAUGAUAUGGUCCUCAACGGUCUUACCGGCGAGGGUGAUGAUGUUGCGCUGGAGGAAGCCCACAAGCCGUGUCUUGGCGUACGAGUUGUUGAUUUCAAGCAUAGCGUGGUUCAUCUAUGGAGUUUGGAAAAACUGCACGACCGCGUGCGGCAGAUGCGACAAAUGCACCAAUAUCUCGAUCAACCAGAAUAUGCACAGCACCUUAGCCUCGACAACCCGUUCAUCGAGAACUGCAUGCCAUCCUAUACGCUUGUGGGCGAGGUCGAUGUGCCGCUGAAGGCUGUCUUUGAGUGUCGGGUUCAGGAUUCCACAUUGGAUGUCCUCUCACCCUAUACAUCCCAUGUCGUUGGCAUCAUCAAGCUUUCGCUUGAGCCAUCUCAUGCUCGGGCACCGACCAACACCGUCAAGUUCAAUGUUGUCAUGCACGAACUUGUGGGUUUUGCUGAACGAGAAGGCACUGAGGUCCAUGCACAACUCUUCAUUCCUGGCAUUUCUGAAGAGGAUGGCAUCACCACAACUCAAAUGAUCAAAGACUUUGACGAGGGGCCAAUACGAUUUGAGAGUGUUCAUAGUAUGAGCAUUCCUUUGUUCGCCCCCAAAGACGUCACGUUGAGAGUCGCCAUCUUCGCAAAGGUAUCGACGAUGCAUCUCGAUAAGCUGCUUAGUUGGGACGAUAUGAGAGAUGCUGUGCCUAUCAGGGAAGACAAAGCCAAAGCGUCACGGAUCAAUGAAUCGCAGUUCUUCACCCAAGAAAAACACGAUUUACUUUCUCGGAUCCAGAUCAUGGAGCUUAAUGAGAAUGGCGAGUACGGUCCAGUGGAGGUUACACAGACUAGCGAGCUCGAUACGGGAACCUACCAGCUUCACCAAGGCCUGCAAAGAAGGAUCGGCAUCAAUAUCUCUCACAGCUCUGGCGAUGCUCUUCCGUGGGAUGGCGUUACUGCCGUUCGCGUAGGCAAGGUCAGACUCGUUGACUCUGCGGGCAAAACACCUGACAUGGGAGCUACCGAGCCUGAUAUCUCCUUGAAGCUGUCACAAAGCCCAAUUUUCCGUGAUAAUGCUAACGGCACUAAAAGCCUGACGAUAUAUUCCCAGUGGGACUCUAGUUUACAUAACUCGCUACUCCUUGACCGAGUGACGCAGGACAAGUAUCGAGUCCAAAUGACUAUCUCCUGGGAAAUUAGUUCUGAGAAAUUGGCCGAGCCGAUGAAGUUCUCGCAAAAGGUUUGUGUGCAAAUUUUAUCAAGAUCAUAUGUGCGCCAGACCUCGAUGUUCUCGGCAUUGUGGCAAAACGUCCGUUUCGUGCGGUCUUCAACUGGUAUUUUCACUCUUGCCAUGCGCCCUGCUCCUGUCAAGAAGGUUGGGGACUUGUGGCGACUGAACAGUCAGCACGAUUAUGUGAAGGGAGAAGAGAACCUGACAAGUUGGACACCACGCGGCGUGUCUUUGGUCAGUGAUUUCCUGAUGGCCCGCAAGAAGAAAAAGCGUGCUGCGGCCAUGGAAGUCACCGAAGCUGUUCUGGCCAAACUGGGCUUGGAUGCAGCCAGUACGACGUCUGAAAAGAAGGAACCUUCGCCCGAACCCUCUCCAGAGCUGAAGCCAAUUAUUCCCAGUGAUGACGAUCUGCUCAAUGACACGCCAGAAAACUCGCAAACUCUGCUUGACGACGACGAACGGCCCGCAACAGACGCGCCUCAAGCUGGGCGUUCUGAAGAAACGCUACAGCUUGAGGCGGGUGGGUCUGAAACCGAAACAGAGCAACAGGAAGAAGCACAAACUGAGAUCGAUACUGUUGAGCGGGACGAGUCAGAUGUGCCAGAGACGGAAGGGCUGGAGAAACAGCCCGAGGAAAAUGGCGCAGAAGAAGUGGCACCAGAGAAAUCAGAUGCCACAAAUGCCGAAGAGGGUGAAAUUAUUCAGGUCGAGGAACUGCCGUCACCACCACCAAAGCCGGAAUAUGACGAAGAACAAACAGAUCUUUUGACAAAGUGCCUCAAACUUUGGAAGAAGUACCCUGAUCCUUCGGACAAGAUCCUCAGCUUGACGAACAUGGCGCCGCCCGAAGAUGGACUGACGACUGAUGCCCCAGCGCAGCCUACACUUGUCGCAACAGUCAUUAGGGUACCCAAGAACCCCAAGGUUCUGAAAGGCGGAUAUUUGAUGAUUCCCAACAGUGACUCGACCCGGUGGGUCAAGCGAUUUGUCGAGUUAAGACGACCAUAUCUUCAUCUGCAUUCUGCUACAGAUGGCGAUGAGGUUGGACUGAUAAGUUUGCGAAACUCUCGCAUUGAUAGCCAACCUGGGGUAAUGGGCUUGCUCCAAGGGCCUGCUGACUCUGGGGCCCAGAACGGUCAAGAAGGACCCGACUUUACACCAGGACAUCGACGAACUGGAUCGGGUCGCGUUAUAUCUACCAUCUGGACAGGCAGUGGGGGUAAUGCCUCGUCAGGAGGUUCCGGCCUUCAGCGUCUUCCAGACCGUAUGCAAUCGGCAGUAUUUGCCAUUUACGGAACAGACAAUACCUGGCUCUUCGCGGCAAGGAGCGAAAGGGAUAAGAUGGACUGGAUCUUCCGGAUCGACCAGACCUAUCUCUCAGGCAAUGACAGCAUCCCUGGAAGCGGGAUAGCCAGCCCGUAUCCGGGUAGCGAUUUCUAA